AUGGUGCAGAACGGGGGCGGGAAUGAAGUCGGAGCCGGGGGCCGAACGAAACUUGAGAUGGGAGAGCAGAGAGGUGACUUCAGAAGGCGUGGCAAGCGGGAAGGGCAGGACAUCAGGGAGGAGGGGGAGAGUGACGUGACCGGACAAGGGGAAAGGAGCAUCAUCAUCGUCCGAGGACUCCGACGACAAGGUGGGGUGGGGGGCGGAGGCGAAGGUGGUGGCGAGGUAGGCGGCGACCGCCUCGGUCCGCUCCGAAGCCGUCUCCGCCACCCCGACAGGAAGAGUGAGGGGAGGGAUGGAGGUGGGGACGGAACGAAGGCGACGGACGUAAGACCACAGAGAGCCAGAGGUAGCGGUGAGGGAGCCGAGGCGCCGCGCCUCCAGUCGGGCCCUCCACCCCGCGAUCAACCGGCGGCACCACCCCCGGAGCACCAGGUAAACUCGGCGAUGCAGCAGGGAGCGGCUCGCCUGCCAGCGACCACGGAAGCGGUUGCGCAAGGACACGGCAUCACGGAGAUACGGCGGGAAGGGGACGAUGAGAGGGCGCGGAGGCGCGAGCGGAAUGUGAGAAGAAGCAGCCGUAGAGAUGGCGUCGGAAAAGUAGAGGACUCGGUCGUCGAGUUGAGCAGGAGUGGCGAAGGGAAGCGUGAGGUCCAGAGCAGCGGAGAGUGA